AUGAAGUUCUCUGCCACAACUCUCGCUGUGGCUGCUGCCCUCGGCGUCGCUGCCCAUCCCAGCGGCUUCGCCCACAAGAAUUUUCACCGCCAACUUGACAAGCGUAUCGACUUCUACAUGAAUGCUAAGCCUGAAGGAGCUGUUGUCAACAACAAGGCUGCCGUCGUUCCAUCUCCUGCUGAACCCACCGUUACAUCCGUUACAUCUCCCCCGCCCGCCCCAGCUACUACCAGUGCCGCCAAACCUACCUCCUCAAGCGGCUCUGGAUCUGGCGGCAAGAAGCAGUUCUGUGGUGGAGUUUCCAAGCGUGCUUCCGCCGCUGAUAUUGCCUACAAGGGCAAUGUUGGUGCCCCCAACGACUAUGGCUGUAAUCUGAUGCUCGUUGACGACGCCAAAGACUAUGAAUACACUGCGACAAUCGAGAACAAGUCUGGAAAAGCCCAGAAGUGCGCCUGCUGGCUCAAGAUCUCCAAGGACGGCGGAAUCAACGGCUUUUUCAUAGGCAACCAGGUUAUGACCUUCGACCUCGCUGCCGGUGGUCAGAAGAUUCUCGCGGCCGAGCCCAACAGCCAGGGCGGUUGUUCCUGUGGUGUUGGCGAAGUUCCUACCAACAGCAUUGGACUUAUCACUGGCACCUGGUUAGAAUUUGACUUCGCCAACUCGAAGAACAAUAACUGGUCUGGCGCCGAUGCCUCUUGCCUGACUGCUGCCCAGAGCAAAAGCUACAUCCCUGCCCUCAGUGUUUGUGCCGAUGGUCAUGAGUGCUCUACUAUUAAGGAGGGUGGUGAGGGAAAAAAUGCCUACACUGAGGGUACCAACAAUCUGGACGGAGUUGGUCUCAAUAUUGCUCCUGGACCUAUCAACUUCAAGGUCACCGUCGGUUAA